UUAGAGGGGCCCCGAACCUCGGAGAUGGCCUGGGACUGCGCGGGAGCCCUCAUCAGGCCCCUGACAUUUGUGGGAUCACAGACUAAGAGAGUCCUACUCACUCCCCUCAUGCAUUCAGCUCGCCCCUUCCGUGUCUCCAACCAUGACCGAAGCAGCCGGCGGGGAGUGAUGGCAAGCAGCCUGAAGGAGCUGCUCAGCAAGACUCUGGACGCCCUACUUAUCACCAGCACACUGGUCACUUUGGUGUUGGAGGAAGAUGGCACUGUGGUGGACACAGAGGAGUUCUUUCAGACCUUAGGAGACAACACACACUUCAUGAUCUUGGAAAAAGGACAGAAGUGGACACCGGGUACUAAUUAUAUCGCCGCCCGCCAAAAACCAAAGAAAUCGGGAAUAGCAAGAGUCACCUUUGACUUGUACAAGCUGAGUCCCAAGGAUGUCUUCGGCUGCCUCAACGUGAAGGCCACCAUGUAUGAGAUGUACUCAGUGUCCUACGACUUCCGGUGUACAGGGCUCAGGGCUCUGCUGAGGAGCCUGCUGCGGUUCCUGUCCCAUGCUGCCCAAGUCACUGGACACUUCCUCAUCUACACGGGCAAGCACAUGCUCCGAGUCCUGGGUGACACAGAAGAGCAGACUUCUCCCGGGUUGCACUCCAGGCAGAAAUUCAUGGUUGGAUAGGGUUGCACUCUGAAGGGCUUAGCCAGCCUUGACCCAUGUGUUCCUUCUCAAGUGGUGAAUUUUGAAGAUGCUUAUGUUCACUUAUACACUACAUACAUAUGCAGUUGUAAGCUGUCCAUCACUUCUGCUCAGGAGUGUACCCAGGUGAAUGGAAAGGGGCUUGAUGACACAUGACACAGGGACUGUGCAGCUGGAUGCCCUGAGUGGGAGGAGAUGUGUAGGUACCUCCAUGUGGGAAGGAAAGGACUCAGAAACAGGGAUGUCUUGGGUGGCUAAGGAGCAAUGUCACCUGCAAUAGGCCCUUUUGGCUCCUCACCUCCUACAAUAAACCAAUCA